GGAGAGUGUAAUUCGAGGUGAAAUUGAACGAAUGAUUUUUUAAUCAACACUCGAUCAAAAAUAGUAAAUUUUUUUAAAUAAAAUGAUUAGAUUAAUUAAUUCACGAGUUGUAACAAAUUUGGCAAAACAAUUUGUAAAUAAUACAUCACUUCAAAGUAGGAGGAAGGGCUUAGACAUCAGAACAUUGUGCACAAGUCUUCCGAAACUUCAAAAAGAAGAAGUUGAGGUCACUUUUGUUCGUGCCAGUGGCGAGAGAAUUAAAGCAAAAGGAAAAGUUGGUGAUACUUUAUUAGAUGUUGUAGUGAACAAUAACAUUGACCUUGAUGGAUUUGGUGCUUGUGAAGGAACUCUAACAUGUUCGACUUGUCAUUUAAUCUUCUCCAAGCCUGAUUUUGAUAAAUUACCGGAAAAACCUUCGGAUGAAGAAUUAGACAUGUUGGAUCUUGCCUAUGAUUUAACAGAUACGUCACGUCUUGGAUGUCAGAUCACUCUUUCGAAAGAUCUGAAUGGAUUGGAAGUCAAGGUCCCAGCUACGGUCAAUGACGCAAGAUCAUAGAAAUGAUCUUUAAUAAGAAAGUAGAUAUUCAAAUUAUUAGAAAAUAAUUUUGUUUCCCUAUUCCAUAAUAUUCAAUUUUAAUCAGAAAAAUGAUUUUAGAGCAUCUUACAAGGCAUCUUGAACUUUUUGUAUAACGAAUUUAAAGAAAAAGCACGAGAAGAAAAAUAAAUCUAAAUAAAAUUGUUGUUUUUUAAAAUGUCGAAACUUUUUUGUUCAAUUGAAGUUUUUAACAAAAGCAUAAAAUUUGGAAAUUUAAGCAGAAAAGUGCAAUUCGUAUCAGAACAAAAUUUACUUGUUGAAUGCUUUUUAAUCUAAC